AGCAGCAGCAGCAAAGACGUCGAUAGGAUAAAGGGGCCGUGGAGUCCGGAUGAGGACGCGGCGCUGCAGCGGCUGGUGCAGCGGCAUGGGCCCCGGAAUUGGUCGCCUAUAAGCAAGUCCAUCCCGGGGCGGUCCGGCAAGUCGUGCCGGCUGCGGUGGUGCAAUCAGCUGUCCCCGCAAGUGGAGCACCGGCCUUUCACAGCGGAAGAGGACGAAAUCAUCAUCCGAGCCCACCGCCGCUUCGGCAACAAGUGGGCGACCAUCGCCCGCCUCCUCUCCGGCCGCACCGACAACGCCAUCAAGAACCACUGGAACUCCACCCUCAAGCGCAAGUGCACGCCGCUGUUCGGUGACGGCGGGUUCCAGCACUACUACAACACCAUCAUGGCGGUCAAGGCGGGGGCGGAGAUCGAUCAUGAGGAGGCGGCGAGGCCGCUCAAAAGGGCCAGCAGCGACGGGUCUGUGCUCUUGUCGGGCAGAACAGGGAUGUGCUUGAACCCUGGAAGCCCCUCGGGCUCUGAUCUCAGCGAUUCUGGCCAUCACAGCCACUCGGUUACUGUAACCGGCGCCGUCAUGCCUCCAUCCUCUUCCCCUCACCAAUCCCAUCAGAUGGAACAAAUCACGGCUGCUAUCACCGACACCACCACUCCCCUCAUCAUCUACGAGGAUCCAGUAACCUCCCUCACCCUCUCCCUCCCCCUCCCCCUCCCCGGAACAGCUCACAUGGACACCUCCUCCGAGCCACAUCACCAGAGAAGCACCGACAACAACAACCACCAGAACCCGCUCCAACUGCUGCCGAUCUCUGAUCACACCCCGUGGCCGAAGCCGCAGCGGUGCUCCACCACGGCCUCCGCAGCUUCCGCCGAGGAGGAGCGGCGGCCGGAGCCUUUCCCUUUAAGCGCGGAGGUCCUGGCGGUCAUGCAAGAGAUGAUCUGCAAGGAGGUGAAGUGCUACAUGGCGGGUCUGGAGCACCAUGAGGUGCGGCAUGCAGAGAGCGUCCGCGACACCGAUAUCAAUCGCAUCGGACUGACAAAGAUCGAAUAACGUAUCAUUUAUCCCAAGGAAUCAAUGGACGAAGGGAAGAACACUUGUCGAACAUAUCCAACAAAGAAAAAAGAAGGUCGACUUGUUGAUCUCGAGGUCUUCAUAAUAUAAUAAUAUCUUUUUCACUUUUCCUUUGUUAAGGAAAAACAAGAAAAAUAUGUACAGUGAAAGAAGCAGAUGGAGGAUGAGGUAGAGGAAAGAGUUUCGAUGUCUGUUAGAUGUAGACCUGCAAAAUUACAAGAAAAAAAGAAAAUGCAAAAAGGUUCACUCCUUGUUUCGUUC